GUUACUAUUGCUAUACGUCACGUCAUUUUUGGGAGGCUAUGGAAAGUACCUACCUAAUAGCGGCUGAUUUUGUUUUUCUAUUUUAACUAAAAAGUACUGAAUAAAACUUAUUUAUUGUAUUUAAACAUUAAGGAAUAGUGUAAUAGAUAUAAAAAUAUUAUGUCGUAUUCUAACAAGUAUACCUUCGCGGCGUUGCCCAGAACACAGCGGGGAACACCUUUAGUGCUAGGGGGUGAUCCAAAAGGCAAAAAUUUCCUAUACACGAACGGAAAUUCUGUUAUAAUAAGAGAUAUUGAAAAUCCUGCAAUUUCGGAUGUUUAUACGGAACACUCUUGUCAAGUGAAUGUUGCUAAGUAUUCGCCUAGCGGAUUUUACAUUGCUUCUGGAGAUGUGUCGGGCAAAGUUCGUAUCUGGGACACGGUGAACAAGGAGCAUAUCUUGAAGAACGAGUUUCAACCUAUCGGCGGGCCGAUCAAGGAUAUCGCUUGGAGCGCUGACAGCCAACGUAUGGUGGUCGUCGGAGAAGGGAGGGAGAGAUUUGGUCAUGUGUUUAUGGCGGAAACUGGUACAUCGGUGGGAGAAAUUAGCGGUCAAUCGAAACCGAUCAACUCAGUCGACUUUCGUCCGGCGAGACCGUUCCGCAUCGUGACUGCUUCCGAGGAUAACACGAUCGCUGUCUUUGAGGGUCCACCAUUCAAAUUCAAGUGCACUAAACAGGAGCACACCCGUUUCGCGCAAGCUGUCCGCUACAGUCCGGACGGCAGUUUGUUCGCGUCAGCUGGUUUCGAUGGCAAAAUAUUCCUUUUCGAUGGAGCAACGUCAGAACUUAAGGGAGAAAUCGGUUCACCGGCACACAAAGGCGGCGUUUACGGCAUCGCGUGGUCUCCGGACGGAAAGCAGCUGCUCUCCUGUUCCGGAGACAAGACCUGCGCCAUCUGGGACAUCGAGACCAUGCAGAGAGCGGUCACCUUCAACAUGGGCACUGCAGUCGAGAACCAGCAAGUGUCAUGUCUCUGGCAAGGCAAACACCUCCUCUCGGUGUCCCUCUCUGGAGACAUCAAUUACUUAGACAUCGAGAACCCAGACAAGCCGCUCCGUGUGCUGACUGGUCACAACAAGCCCAUAACUUGUCUGGAGUUGCAAGACAAAGGUCUAUUUACUGCGAGUCACGAUGGUUCGGUUACACUGUGGAAUGUCGAGACGGGUGAGGGGCGGCACGUGCGCGGGCGCGGCCACGGCAACCAGCUGUACGGCAUGCGCGCCGCGCGCGGACACCUGCUCACGUGCGGCAUCGACGACAACCUGCGCCGCGCCUGCGUGCAGCCCGACGACGAUGUCCCGACGUACACCGAUGACGUCAUCCCGCUUGGCUCUCAGCCUCGUGGACUGGACCACCUCGCUGAUGAAGAUUUAACUAUAGUCGCUACUGUUAAAGAGUUGGCGGUCAUAGUGGGCGGCUCGAAGAAGUCUAGUCUCCCCAUCGACUACGAGCCGAGCUGCGUCACCAUCGACCCCAAAAACAAGCACGUCGCUGUUGGUGGUGGAGACAGCAAAGUCCACAUAUACACUCUCCAAGGCACAACUCUCUCGCCUCUGACUGAGUUAAUUCACCUCGGACCUAUCACGGACGCUCGCUACAGCCCAGACUCCAGCCACCUAGUGGCUUGUGAUGCUAAUAGGAAGCUGAUAUUGUAUACGACUGAUGAGUACAAGCUGGCGCACAACCGGGAGUGGGGCUUCCACAGCGCGCGCGUGAACUGCGUGUCGUGGAGCGCGGACGGCGCGCGCGUGGCGUCGGGCUCGCUCGACACCAGCGUCAUCGUGUGGAGCCGCCUCGCGCCCAACAAGCACACGCACAUCAAGAAUGCGCACCCGCAAAGCCAGAUCACUGGUCUGACGUGGCUGGACAACAGCACCCUGGCCACGGUCGGACAGGACGCCAACACGCGUAUAUGGGACGUCCCGGCAUAAACGCUUCUAACUACGGAUUAUUUUACUAUACAAUGUAUUAUUGGUUAUGUAAGCUGGAAUUUCAGGAAAGACAUCAUAGAUUGAAUGAAUCAUGUUACAAUAUUAUAUAUAAUAUAUAAUAUGUUCAACUUGGCUAAAUUCUGCUCUGUACUGUAAAAUUAUAGUAUCGCAAUGUUUUUAUGUUUAUUAUAUAAAACAUAUAUAUUCAAAUUCAACAUAAAUCCCUAUAUAAUUAUCGGACAGCUGUAUAAAUAGUUCUUAAAAAUAACAUUGGGCACAGAGCAGAGCAGAACAGAACACAACGGAGCAAUGCAAGAAAUAACUAGUAAUACAUAUAAUGUAUAGUAAACACAUCCUAAAAACUAACCCGUGAUAGUCUAAACUAUAUACUAAUCUAUUUAUUUACGAAAACUAAUUAGCUGGUUUGUGACUAAAGUUACUAAUCAGGUUUUGAAUAAAUGCAUUUUUUAUAUUUAUUAUUUUUGAACGCUCAGAGAUUAAACGAUCUCAUAACUACAUACCACUUCAUUGGAUAUUGUACUAUUUUUAAAUAUAAAUAUCAACUGAAUUACUUUAAAAGCUUCAGCGAAAAAUCAAUUUUAUUUAAAUUGUGUAUAAUUUGUAAUGAAAUGGUAUGCAUGAGUCCUGAUCGUCAUAUGAGAUUAUUACUUCUAAGGUGCAAGUGUGUUUUUACUUGCGACACGUUUGUAUCAAAUUCUGUGUGCUGUGUUUUGAUUACGUAUGUAAAGUUACGAAUUAAUAUAUAUUUUUCAAAUCAUCGUUUUACAAACAUUGGGUUAAGACACCUUUAUAACUAUUAAAAGUUAUAAUAAGAAUUUGCCCUGUUAUUAAAUAAAACUUACUAUACAAAAUCAUUUGAUUGUAGUUAAAAAAUAUAACAGAUUAAACAAUAAAGCUUCUAUGGUUGUCAUCAAAUGGCAGUGAAUCUUAUGAACUUUUGACUAUAUAUAUAUAUAUAUAUAUAUAUAUAUAUAUAUAUAUAUAUAUAUAUAUUUUAAAGUACUUGGCAAUGGAAUGUUUGGAAAACGAUGUGUUGAUUAGUUAUAACAUAUUAAAAAAAGAUUCUACAUUAUCGGUACAGACGGGCAGUAUACGUGACAGAAGUAAAAACUUUUUUCAUUAGAAAACUUUUACUCAAACGUUAUACAUUGAGACGUAAUACUCAUUCUAACUUGAAAUAUUACAGUCCUCGAGUCUAUAGAACUAUUUCUUAUCAAAUAUAAAUUUAUUUACAGACUGAGUUUUUUUUACAACUAUAAAUGAGAACGCGUCCUAUGACGUUCAGGACUUUCAAUUUUUUUUAAACUAAAAGUAUUCAAUGGUUUAUCGUUUAAUUACUUCUUUAUAUUCGAAUAAAACAUAUUUAUUCAUUCAAAACCUACUUUUAUAAUUUCCAUUUGGAGUGUAAAACUUAUUAAAUAUGACUUGAACUAAAGUAUGUUUUGACUUGGUCAUUUCAAAUGUAUACUUGUUUUGAAUGAAAGAGACGACGUAUUUUAUGUAUACAAUUUUGUUAUACUGAAUAUAGUAGAUUUCCCCUGUCGUAAUAAAUUGCUUCGAUUUUUUUUUAUUGAUGUUAAAAAAAUAUAACAAUGUGUUAUUUAUUUUGCUGACCCUUUGUGUAAAUUUAAAUAUGACAUGUCCGCUAUUUAAAUAGUUUAUAUAUGACAGUUUUUAAUUAAACGAUAAAUCAUUAUCAAAUAAAGAUUCUUAGAUAGUGUAAAAUGCAUUUACGCUUGUCCUUUUAUAUGUUUUUACUUAGUAAGAACGAAAUCGUACAUUUCGAGCAGUAUUUUUAUACUACCUAAUUUUCUGAAAGAUUUUCUCGUUUUUUUACGUGGUUUCUACUAAAACUAAGCAUAUAAGUGAUAAAUAAAUUGUGUACACUUGUA